ACGUACGAGGUUGUCAAAAUGGGCACGGGCAGCGAGGUCGUGUCCAAGGGCGCGACGGUGACCGUCCACGCGACUGGCAUUGUCGCGGAGACGAGCAAAAAGUUCUGGAGCACGAAGGACGCCGGCCAGCAGCCGUUCACCUACCAGGCAGGCGUGGGCGGCGUCAUCACAGGCUGGGAUCAGGGCUGCCUCGGCAUGAAGCUCAACGAGGUGAGGAAACUGAAUAUCCCGGCCGAGGAAGGCUACGGGAAGCAGGGCUUCCCUGCUUGGGGCAUCCCUCCCGGCGGCACCCUCGACUUUGAGAUUGAGGUGCUCAAGAUU